AUGGCGACUGAAGGUAAAAUUGAUCUGUCCAACAAUGGCAAUUCAAUUGUCGUUCCAUCUUCAUUGUUAAAAAAGAAAGUGAACCCUUUUAUUAAGAAAUUAUAUGAUAUGGUUGAUGAUUCUACCACCGAUAGAGUUAUAUGUUGGGGCCCAAUGAAUAAUAGCUUCGUUGUGAAGGAUCCAGAGGAAUUCGAAAGAGACAUUUUGCCAAAGUGCUUCAAGCACAAUAAAAUUACAAGCUUCAUCUGCCAGUUGAAUUUUUAUGGGUUCAGGAAGGUUGAUCCUGACCGAUGGGAGUUCGCAAAUGAGGGUUUCUUAAGAGGCCAAAGGCAUUUGCUAAAAAGCAUUGUACGUCGUAAACCGGCUCAUGCUCAAAAUAAACAGCCUCAGCAGCCACAUGGACAGAGCUCAACAGUUGGGGCGUGUGUUGAAGUUGGUAAAUUUGGCCUUGAGGAAGAGGUUGAGAGGCUGAAGAGGGACAAGAAUGUGCUUAUGCAGGAGCUUGUCAGGUCGAGGCAGCAGCAGCAGACAACUGAUACACAUCUACAAACAAUGGUACAACGUCUUCAUGGAAUGGAACAAAGGCAACAACAAAUGAUGUCAUUCCUGUCAAAGGCUGUGAACAGCCCUGGAUUUUUGGCACAGUUUGUACAGCAACAAAAUGAGAGCAGCAGGCUCAUAACUGAAGGCAAGAAAAAAAGAAGACUUAAACCAGAUGUUGUUCCAGAUGAUCAUCCAGUCACUCCUGCUGAUGGGCAGAUUGUCAAAUACCAGCCUUUUAUGAAUGAUGGUUCAACUGCAAUGUUCAGUCGUAUGAUGUUGGAUGCAUCUCCUCAGUUGGAAACCUUGACAGGUAAUACCAAUAGUAUUCAUUUUGGUGAUGUAACAUCGUCAUGCAAGGCAUUAGAUCAUGGAAGGGCUCCCCUUUGUACGUCUGGAGGGGCACCGACUUCAGGGAUAUCAGAUUUGCCAUUAGUGACAGGUGUUACAGCUGUUGGCCCUUCGGAAGAGAUUCAGUCUUUACCGGUAGGUGUCACUUCUGAUGCAGUGAAAAUGACUCCAUUUCCGGAGAUAACCCCCCUAGUGAUCGAAUCAACUCCACCAGCUGCAUCACAACCCUCGGAAAAUGGGGAAUCAAAGCUUCAGAUGCAAGAUCUUACUGAACAGAUGGAGCUUCUGUCAUCAAAUGCAAAAAGGUCUGAUUUAUUUGCCUAG